AUGACUCGCACAUACGAGGCCGCGAUUACGGCGCUCAACUCUUUACAAACCAACUAUGCGAUCGUGGAGGAGCUUCGCAAAUCUGUCUCCAGGAAGGAGAUGAACGAGCGCUCUAUCCCGGAGACAGUUGAAUGGCUUGGGCGUAUCGGUUACAAGCCCCCCGACCUCGACAGCUUGAAUGCAAUCCACGUCGCUGGAACCAAAGGAAAGGGCUCUACGUCUGCUUUCAUUUCCAAUAUUCUUUCUCAGUACACCCAGUCCGAGGCCGGCCAGUCGACACCACACAUCAACAAGGUUGGACUCUACACUUCCCCGCAUCUUCGAUUUGCCCGCGAGCGUAUCCAGAUAGACAACGCGCCACUUUCAGAACAAAAAUUCGCCAAGUACUUUUUCGAAGUAUGGGAUCGUCUCGAGGAAGCUGCCAAACUGGCCGGGGAGGACCCCGCUACUCCAGGAACGAAACCCCAAUACUUUCGCUACUUGACCUUGAUGGCAUUCCACACAUACCUCAGUGAAGGUGUCGACGCAGCAGUUAUUGAGUGUGGCAUUGGUGGGCAGUAUGACUGCACCAACGUGGUCAAAAAGCCCAAGGCGACUGCAAUUACCAGUCUUGGUAUUGACCAUACCGCGAUGCUCGGCACUACAAUCGAGGAGAUCGCAUGGCACAAGGGUGGUAUCAUCAAAUCGGAGGUGCGUGGUUUUACCGCACCCCAAGCUCCAACUGCGGAGAAGGUGUUGAAGGAGCGAGCUGCGGAGAAGAACACCCAGCUGGAUGUCAUCUCUGCCCACCCUGACCUACAAGUUGGCAACACGGAAGUGAAGCUUGGACUGGCAGGUGACUUCCAAUAUACCAAUGCGUCUCUUGCAGUUGCAGCCGCGGCGGAGUAUUUGAGGAAGACCGGCGUGGCAGACAUUUCUGAAAAUGUCAUGACCGAGUCGCUCCCAGCGAAGUUCAAGGUCGGACUUGAGAAAACACGCCUAGGCGGUCGCUGCGAGACCCGGUAUGAGAAGAAUGUAUCGUGGUAUAUCGAUGGAGGGCAUACACUUGAGAGUAUUCGUCUCGCGGGUUCGUGGUUCGCGGGGCGAAUCCAAGAAGACUCUUCCUCAAGCGACAUGGCCACGAAGAAAACGCGUAUCUUGAUCUUCAACCAGCAAACUCGAGACAGCACAGCUCUUACCCGUGCUCUGCAUGAAACCCUUUCUGCGGCUCUCGGGGCUGAAAUUCCUUUUACCCACGCUCUGUUUUGUACUAACGUGACCUAUAAGCAGGCUGGUUACCGGCCUGAUCUUGUUAGCAUGAACACCAACACAGAUGAUAUUGACCAUCUUCGUGUGCAAAAGUCACUCGCCGAGGUUUGGAACUCCAUUGACCCUCAUGCUCAAACACAGGUGUUUGGUACUAUUGAGGAAGCCGUGGACUUUGCACGAGAUGUGGCCGCCCAAGAGCGUAAGGUUCUGCAAAAGGACGAGACGCCAGUAAUGACCUUUGUCACUGGUAGCUUGCACCUGGUCGGCGGAUUUCUCGAUGUGAUUGAGACGAAACCAUACUCUGAGAGUGCUUAA